CGCCUUUCUUUCUACUAUCUUUCCUAAUAACCUUAUACAUAUUUUUCAGCUUAAAUGACCCGUUCUAUGCCUCAAGGUUUACAAAGCAGCUUUCGCUCCCUUUUAUAUGAAUACGAUAUGUCAUUUGAGGAAAUUGCCCAACGUUUAUAUGUAUUCAAAUAUACUGUUUUGCGUUAUUGUGAUGCAUGGCGUAUUGUGCGCCCGGCUAAUCUUGAUAGAAGAUCUGCUGUUUUAAAUGGAACUAGCAGGUGAUUGACGAAGAGAAUAGUGCUUACUAGCGAUUUCGAGGCUGGUGUGGAGGUUCAUCAGCUUCUCAUGACUCUAUAUCCAAAUCUAACUUACUUUACUACCUUGAAUGCACUGAAGACUAUCGGUCUCAAAGCCCACCCAAAGAGAAAGAUACCAUUUUUAUCAAAGCACAGAAAAGGGCGCCUGAAUUGAAAUUUGGCGCAUAGGAGCUAGACUAUACAUGACUAGCGAA